UGAGAUCUUCGAAGUGAGUUUUUCCCAUGCAAACGCUACUGUACAACAGUUUUUGGGUUCUCACAUAAUUUUCGUUGCCUUUUAUGCGUGACCACUUCCCGCUUAGCACCCGCCUGUCCAUUUAAGUACACACAGUUCAAUUUCCUUAAUAUUAGCGUUGGGAGUCUACUAUUUUAGAUCGGCUCAGUGCGUGUGGUUGCGUAAAUUUUAUCGUAUCAUGUCAAUGCUUUUAUGCAAUGCGUGACGCACAUAUUGCAACAUUGUCGCCGGCGUCAAUGUUGAUAUUACGUACACACAUACAUAUGUACAUAUGUACAUACUAGUAUAUUGAUCGGACAGUUUGUCAGCCGAUAAAGAGCACCAGUUACAAUACAAACAAAAACAAAGAGCAGCGAACACCAUAUCUAAUGUGGGUGUGAAAGCUCGAAUGGGUGCUACACUGAAUGGCGAAGCUUACGCAGCCGACGCUGCAGCAAAACCUAAAUACAGCGAAAAUGCGAAUGCAAUGGCAACACGCAAUGAACGUAAUGAAAAAUACAAAAUAUAAACAAUAAUAAGCGCAGAUGUGUAAAAUGCAGUGCGGCAAUGAUGGCAACACUAGCGGCAGCGGAAAACAAAGCGAAAACUUUCGAAUUUUACGCUUUUGUGAUUUGUAAAAAUGCAUAAAGUCCAGCCGAAUGCCAAGAGGAAGGGGCACGAAGUGUACAUACAUAUGUUUGUCUGUGCGACUGCCUCAAUCCUCUAUACUUGCUGACUGCGUAUUCGGUGAACAUCAAUUCAAUAUCGACGAAAGUUUUCAAAAUCCUGGCGAAUGUGCGAUCUACCAUUGUGAUGCCGAGGAUAGCAUAUCAGCUAAGAGUUGUUCCGCAUCUUUACCGCCACCGAAUUGCGCAAUCAUACCCGAGGAUAACACCAAACCAUAUCCCGACUGUUGCAAGCGUCACGAUUGCUAAUGAGUCUUGGAUAGAAUUUUUUUAGUUUAGUUUGUUUACUUGUGCUUUAAACCGUUGCAAAAUAAAUCAUAUGUAUGACAUAUCUA